AUGAAACCGCGAACUUCCUUGGUAACCUCUGCCACCGCCCUUGGGGCAAUGCAAGUCAUCAUUGGGCUGGCCCGAGUUGUGCUUCAGCGUCAGCGCAAGAAUGGCCACGCCAUUCAGCAGGAACUGCUGAUUCGUCUCGAACUCCAAGGCCUGAGGAAAUGCUCCUGCACCCCUUUUAUUACAGCAACGCAGUCAUCGCCUCGCAUUUCAUUCGCGACGCAGAGACUGGUGCCGUCCGAGCGAGUCGCAGAGUAG